CGGUUCCUGCCCGGUGCGGAGCUAGCCGGGUCAGAGGUCAGGAGUGGAGCGGCCUCCUUGGCCCGGGCCGGCGCGGGAGGGCUGUGUGAUGGCCUCGGAGCGCCCGGAGCCUGAGGUGGAAGAAGCCGGGCAGGUGUUUCUGUUAAUGAAGAAAGAUUACCGAAUCUCCCGAAAUGUUCGCCUGGCCUGGUUCCUUAACCAUCUGCAUCAAACCAUUCAGGCCACACCCCAAGAGUUCCUGCUUCAGUCUGAAGAGGAGUUGGAAGUCCUCAGUGUUUUGCCCCCUGGAUGGCAGCCAGAUGAACCAGUGGUCCCAAGGCCAUUCCUUCUUGUCCCCUCCACUCGGGUCACCUUCCUGGCUUGGCAGUAUCGUUUUGUUAUUGAGCUGGACCUCAGCCCGUCUACUGGCAUUGUGGAUGAUUCUACAGGGGAAAUCUUGUUUGAUGAAGUUUUCCAUGCUCUGUCCCGGUGUCUGGGCGGGCUGCUUCGGCCCUUCCGAGUGCCUGGGUCCUGUAUCGACUUCCAGCCCGAGAUCUAUGUAACAAUCCAGGCCUAUUCCUCCAUCAUCGGCCUGCAGUCCCACCAGGUUCUGGUGCAAGGCUGCCUUCUGGACCCUUCCCAGCGGGAGGCAUUCCUACAGCAGGUGUAUGCGCAGCUCUGCCUCUUUGAGAAUAAGGUGGCCGCCAUGCUACAACAGCAGUAUGAGCCCCAGAGCCAGGCAGAAGACCAGUUCCCAGAUUCAGGGGAGUCCUCAGGCCGGAAGGUGGGAGUCUCCAUGGUGACAGCUGAUCUUGGGCUGGUCAGUAUGAUUCGUCAGGGCAUCUUGGCACUGCAGUUACUGCCCUCAAAUUCUAGUGCAGGUAUCAUCGUGAUCACAGAUGGGGUGACCAGUGUCCCUGAUGUUGCUGUGUGUGAGACACUUCUGAACCAGCUCCGCAGUGGCACGGUGGCUUGUUCCUUUGUGCAGGUGGGAGGAGUUUACUCUUACGACUGCAGUUUUGGCCAUGUGCCCAAUGUGGAAUUGAUGAAGUUCAUUGCAAUGGCGACAUUUGGUUCCUACCUGUCCACUUGUCCUGAGCCUGAGCCAGGCAACCUGGGUCUGACUGUCUACCACCGGGCAUUUCUGCUCUACUCCUUCCUGCGCAGUGGGGAAGCCCUGAACCCCGAAUACUACUGUGGCUCUCAGCACCGUUUGUUUAAUGAGCACCUGGUCUCUGCAAGCAGCAACCCUGCCCUGGCCUUGCGAAGAAAGAAGCACACUGAGAAAGAGGUGCCAGCUGACUUGGUCAGCACUGUGUCUGUCCGCCUGCGGGAGGGCUACAGUGUCCGAGAGGUUACCCUAGCCAAAGGAGGGUCCCAGUUGGAGGUGAAGCUGGUGCUGCUGUGGAAACACAAUAUGCGCAUUGAGUAUGUGGCUGUGGCACCCUGGCCCCUAGAGCCUGAGGGCCCUCGAGUGACACGGGUAGAAGUGACCAUGGAAGGCGGCUACGACAUUCUACAUGAUGUGUCCUGUGCACUAAGACAGCCUAUUCGCUCGUUGUAUCGGACUCACGUUAUCCGCCGUUUCUGGAACACACUCCAGAGCAUUAACCAGACAGACCAGAUGCUUGCCCAUCUUCAGUCCUUCUCCUCAGUGCCGGAGCAUUUCACCCUUCCCGACAGCACCAAGAGUGGAGUGCCUCUCUUCUACAUCCCUCCUGGCUCCACCACCCCGGUGCUUUCCCUUCAGCAUAGUGGUUCCGAUUCCUCCCAUGCCCAGUUUGCCGCCUACUGGAAGCCAGUGCUGUCCAUGGACGCUAAUUCCUGGCAGAGAUGGCUGCACAUGCAUCGCCUGGUGCUAAUCCUGGAGCAUGACACACCGCUGCCUAAGCACUUGCACACCCCGGGCAGCAAUGGGCGCUACAGCGCUAUCCAAUGCAGGAUCUCACACUCCUCACUGACCUCGCUGCUUCGAGACUGGAGCAGCUUCGUGCUGGUUGAGGGCUAUUCCUAUGUCAAGCUGCUCUCCAGUGCCCCGGACCAGCCCCCAUCCUCCUUCUACAUGGUCCGCAUCAUUUCCAAGACCCCGUGCAUGGUUCUUCGCCUGGGGUUUCCAAUUGGUACACCAGCCCAGGCCCGGCAUAAGAUUGUGUCAGGCCUACAGGAAGAGAUCUUGCGCCUUCGUUUCCCUCACCGGGUGCAAAGUAAGGAGCCGACACCCAAGGUGAAACGAAAAGGGUUAGGGGGCAUUGGUGGGGGCAGUUCUCCCUCCAAGUCACCCCCCACGCUGGGGCCACAGCAGGCCUUGUCUGACCGGCCCUGCCUUGUGGUUCUUCAUAAGCCACUGGACAAGCUCCUGAUCAGGUAUGAGAAGCUGCCCCUGGACUACAGGGCACCGUUCUUGCUGACACUGGAGCCACCAGGACCACUGCCCCUGGUGUCAGGCCGCUCGGCCUCCUCUAGCCUCGCAUCACUGUCACGCUACCUGUACCAUCAGCGCUGGCUGUGGAGUGUCCCAUCAGGCCUGGCCCCAACGCUGCCACUCAGCGCCAUCGCCCAGCUCCUCUCUGUGCUCACUGAGGUCCGGCUCUCUGAAGGGUUCCACUUUGCCUGUAGUGGGGAAGGAAUCAUCAACAUGGUUUUGGAGCUUCCGAUUCAGAAUGAAGCGCUGGGGCAGGCUGCAGCUGAAGAGAAGCACACGUGCGUCAUCCAGUACAUCCUCUUCCCCCCACACUCUGCCUCCACUAAAGACAGCUUCUCAACAGAUGAUGACAAUGAUGUGGAGGUGGAGGCCCUAGAGGGGGAAUCAGAGCUCAAUCUGGUCACCGAGGUGUGGGUGGAGCCUCAGUAUGGACGAGUGGGGCCUGGCCCUGAGAGCUGGAAACACCUGCAGGAUCUGACCUACUCUGAGAUCCCUCAAGCUCUCCACCCACGGGAUGCGGCCUGCAUAGGCUCCCUGCUGACCUUUGAAUACCUGAUACAGCUGUGCCAGAGCAAGGAGUGGGGUCCUCUGCCCCCAGAGCCACGGGUUUCAGAUGGACUGGACCAAGGAGGAGACGCCUGUGUCCACGAGAUCCCUUUCCGUUUUGACCUGCUAGGGUUGUUGCCACAGUGCCAGCAGCUGCAGAUGUUUUUCCUCCUGCUCUCUAGAGAGCCAGAGGGUGUGCCUCUCGCCGAGGGGCCCUGUCCCACCAACGACAUGGUGCUGUGCCUGCUGCACAGCUGCCUGGGGCAGGAGCUCAGUGACCGGGAGAUCCCACUGACCCCCGCUGACCAGGCCGCCUUCCUGCAUGAGGUCCUGCGGCGGAGCUGCCGUGAUGCAGGUUCAGAAGGUCCUCCAGUGGGGGCCCACGCCAUCCCAAAGGAUCAAGCAGGCAACAGCACCCAGACCCCUGGAGACUGCACCCUUCCCAGCCUGAGUGUAGGUAUUCCUGGAACUCUCAGGCCUUCCAUUUCUGCCCAGCCCCCUCAGUGGCACUGCUAUGCAAGGCUUCUGAGCCCCCAGCACGUGUUUCUGACUUUCCUCCCAGCUACCUUUUCAGAUGUCCAACAUCUGGCUGCUUAUGGCCUGGAGGGUUCCUUUCAAGAGGAAACUAAACCUAAGUCUGGGGACUGGAGUGGAGCUCCCAGCGUAAAAGACCUGGGAGGAACUGGAACUAAGGCUACGAAGUCCCAAGUGCCCACCCUCAGUGUGACCCUUCCUAGUGACACUACCCAGGAUCCAGGAGAGCCAAGCCCGCCCUCCUGCCGAGACAUAACAGCUAACAGUGGGCGCCAGGCUCCCCAGACAGAGGGUGCAGACGGGCCCCGGACUCGGUGUCCUGUCUACGUGUACAGCUGUUCCCUGGAAGCACUGAGGGAGCAGAUGGUUGGCUUGCAGCCUCCUCAGGCACCACGAGAUCUCAUAUUCCGGACUCAGUACCUAGACCACCCCUCCUCAUCCUCAGCCUGGAUGGAGCCCAGAUACAAAGAGGCAGCCAUGCAUUGCGCCUUGCUGCAGGAGCAUGCACAGCGGUGCUAUGUCCGCGGGCUCUUCCGAAGCUUGCAGCAAUCACAGAGCGUGACCUGCCAGGAUCUGCUGACAGCCGUGGAUGCCUGUGAGGAGCUCCUGCAGGAAGUAGACAUCACCCCUUUUCUGCUUGCACUGUGUGGCCAUACUGUGGGUUUGCCUCAUGCACCGCCAAGCCCUGGUCCUCUCAGUCCAGGGCCCUUCAGCAGUAGCAUCGAAGAAGGACCAGAGCCCCGGGAACGAGCUAUCCUAGUGUCUGAGUCCAGCAUAGACACGGAGGACCUGAGUGAGCCUGAGUUUCAGAGCACCCGUAUCCCUGGGAAUCCAGAUCCUGGUCCGGAGAUUUCUCUGACGGAUGUCUGCCAGCUCAGAGGGGAGGCACAUGAUGCUCUUCACAGCCUCAUCCAGGAGAAGUUCCUGGAGAUCAGUCGCCUCCACUUCCGCACAGUGCCCUCCAAUCCCCACUACUUCUUCUACUGCCCUCCAUCCGGUAGGCGAGAGGAUGAGGGACCCCGAGACACCAUAGACAGAAAAAUCAGUGACCUGGAGUUUUCAGAGGCCGAGCUUGCAGGAGAGGAAGGGGAUACAUCUGCCUGCUGUGUGGUCACAGAGAGUGAUCCAGAGCUGGAGGUAGAAUACCGUGAGAGCCGAGAACCAGACCUAGGGCCUGCUGCACUAGACUCCGCCUCACUGUCAGAUGCAGACACUGUGAACCCUGAUGAGGACUCCUUCAGUAUCUUAGGGGGCGACUCACCCACUGGGCCUGAGAGCCUCAUGCAUGACCUGCCACCUCUCUUCUUACACCUUACGUGCUCCGUGCGGCUGCGCGGGCAGCACAGCUCAGUGCCUGUGUGCAGCCUGCCCACCUGCCUGGGCCAAGUGCUUUCUAGUCUAGAGGGACCCCCAGUUGGAGGCCGAGUCCCCCGGAAAGAUCUCAGUGUUACUCUUGAUGUCUUUGUGUUGACCUUGCCCCUGGAAGUGGACCUACCCCCAGCCUCAGACCCUCAGCACCACCGGUCAGCAUCCGAGAGCAGUGCCUCAUUCCCACGGUCCCCAGGGCAGCCAUCAUCUUUAAGGUCAGAUGAUGGCCUAGGGCCUCCACUACCACCCCCAGAAGAAGAGAGGCACCCAGGACUGUCCAGUUUGGCCAUACCCCACAGACUGGCUAUUGAGAGCACUAUGAAUGAGAUCCGCUGGCUGUUGGAAGAUGAGAUGGUGGGGGCACUCCGGAGAGGGGGUAUCCCCCAGAGCCCUGCCCUGCACCAAGCAGCUGCCCAUAUUCAUAGCUCUUCAGGACGCUCUACCUGCCUCCGCCAGACUCCUCCUCUGAGUUUUGUGUUUGGGCCAGAACGCUCCCUCACACAGUUCAAGGAGGAGUUCCGACGCCUCCACCUCCCUGGCCAUGUUCUCCUUGAGGACCCUGCCAGUGGCUUCUUCUUUGUGGCAACUGGCCAACAACCAGGAGGACUCCAAGGGGAGCCACCUUCAGCAGCCUGGACUUGGCACAGCCGUGAAGACAGGGCUGAAGAUGCUGAAGGGGAGGUCCUGACAGCCAGCCCCCAAGUCCCUGGCUCCCUAGAGGACUCUGAAGGCACUCCCCUCAUCAACCUGCCCAGCUUGUCACAUAGAGGAAGUCAGUCUGGGCCUAGCCGGGGACUAAGCCUCAUGUCUAGUCAAGGCAGUGUGGACUCAGACCACCUCGGUUAUGAUGGUGGCAGCAGUGGCUCCGACAGUGAGGGCCCCAGUGAGACCCUUGGUGAUAAAGCCGCCUUCACACUGCGGACUCCACCUGGACCAGCACCCCCAACACCUUCAGUCUCAGGCCUUCCCGGGCCCUCCCUGCCUGAUUUCUGGCUCAUCGUCAGGAUACUGCAGGACCGUGUGGAAGUGUAUGCACACGCACGGAACCUGCUUCGGGAGGAUGGCGGGCCAGGCGCUGAGUGUCGCCACCUGCAACAACUCCUGGUGAGACGAGUUGGGGAGAUCUGCAGAGAGGUCAACCAGCGACUGCUCCUUCAGGACCUUCAUGACAGUCACGUGUGUAACUCCCUUCUGGUGGCCGAGAGUGAAGAAGAUCUGUGGCGUAGUGAGACUCCUUUCCAUUCCCGUCAGCGGAUACCCCUGCCCAGUGAUGAUUACGCUGCUGAUGAGAGCUGCGGUCCCCGAGGAUACCUAGCAGCCACAAUGCAGUUUGUCCCAGGCCAUUUCUCCUGUGACGUUGUGUGGGGAACUGUGAUCCGAGUGCAUUCGCGCCUCAAGAUGGGACCCAGCAUGGGGGUCUCUCGGGCCAUCCAGGCCCUGCGUUCUGUGCUCAAUGCCUUCUCUGUGGUGAACCGGAAAAACAUGUUCGUUUACCAAGAGCGAGCAACAAAGGCCGUGUACUACCUUCGGCUUCUGGAGACAUCCUGCAGUGACCGACCGUGGGAAGGGGACACGCUGCCCCCAUCUCUAGCUCUGUCUCGAAGCCAAGAACCCAUCUACCCUGAGGAUGCCGUGGGUCCUCGCUCUCCCCUUGACAUGGCUUCCAGCCGCAGUUCAGACGCCGUUCGCCCUGUGGGCCAAGUGGACAGACAUAUCCAGCUGCUGGUACAUGGCGUAGGGCAGGCAGGUCCUGAAAUUACAGACGAAUUAGUGAGGGUUCUGCGUCGGCGCCUGGAUGAGGCCACGCUGGACGUCAUCACAGUCAUGCUGGUUCGGAAUUGCAAGCUGACCCCGGCUGAUGUAGAGUUCAUCCAGCCUCCUGGGAGUCUGCCCUCAGAGGUGCUGCAUCUCGCCCUGCCCCCAUCCUGCAGACCCUGGCUUCUGGCCCUGGCCUGGUACCUCCGGCAGAACUUACUCACCUUCCUCCACUCUCCCAAGUACACAGACAGCAACAGCCGGAACCACUUCCAACAUCCACUCCCACCACAGAGCGGCCUCCCUGACUUGGACAUCUACUUGUAUAACAAGCCUGGUGGACAGGGCACUGGCGGCAAAGGGGUUGCCUGCAUCACUCUAGCCUUUGUGGAAGAAGGAGGAUCCCCCAUCCCCCUGGCAUUGUGUUCUCCCUCUUCUCCGGGGCCCCCAGACCCAAUACGAGAGGAAGAAUUUGAACAACUGACUCAGGUCAUUCGCUGUCCAAACAUGUCGGCCAGCUCUUCAGCUCAGGGUGGGUCCCCACGGCUUCGACUGGACGUGUGGGAAAAGGGGAACAUUAGCAUUGUUCAGCUGGAGGAGAAGCUCCGGGCUGCAGCUCGCCAGGCCCUGGCUGACGCCAUCAUGGAGCUGCGGCUGCUGCCCGCUUCACUGUGUACAGAAGACGCACCUCCAGUGUCCACAGGAAGUCUUAAGAGUGGGUCGUUGGAAACUAAGAGCCCUGCCUGCAGAGCCAGCACCUUUCCCUCUACCCAAGUCUCGGGAGAGCCUGUGACUCCACCUAGCAAAGCCGGCCGCCGAAGCUUCUGGGAUAUGCUGAGUAAAACGGAAGGUGGAGAUUUGGGUUCCCCCAAAACAACUGAUGAUAUUGUCCUGGAUCGGCCAGAAGAUACUCGGGGUCGGAGACGUCAUAAAACUGAGAAUGUUCGGACCCCAGGUGGAUCUGAGCGGGCACCAGGCCCAGAUUCUGGAGCCCAGAGACAAAGACGAAGGACAGCACAGCUGGAGGAGGGAGAGGUGGGCACUCUGCACCCUGUGUUCGCUCGUGUGGUUCGGCGCUGGAUGGGAUUUAUGGUUCAGAUCGGUUGUGCCUCAGUGUCCAGAAGCUCCACCCACAUGGUAUCCCGGUUCCUCCUUCCUUCCAUCCUCUCAGAGUUCACCACUCUAGUCACCUCAAUGGCUGGAGAUACCAGUGUCCGUGUCUUUGAGCGGCAUUUAGGUUCUGAGCCAGAUGUCUUCAGCCCUUGUUCCACUGGGCAGCUGGGCCCAGCACCCCGCCCAGCAGCUGAGCGGCACCUUCUUCUUCUGGGAAGGAACUUCGCACAGUGGAGGAGACCAACACAGCAGGCUGCCAAAGCUGUGCAGCGCUUUGAGUCAGGAGGAGACGGAAGCCCGGGACGAGGAGCUCCCCGACAAAGGCUCCUGCUGCUAGAGGUCAUAGACAAGAAGCUUCAGCUGCUGACUUAUAACUGGGCCCCAGACCUGGGUGCAGCACUGGGCCGAGCCCUGGCCCGCCUUGUACAGUGGCAGAACGCACGGGCCCAUCUCAUCUUCUGCCUGCUUAGCCAGAAGCUCGGGCUCUUCCACCACUGCGGCCAGCUGGACUUUCCUGUGCGCGACGGAAAGGAGCCAAACCCAUUCCUGCUGCCAACCAUGGACGUGGAGACCCUCAUCCGGAACGCAAGCCCUCCACUGAGCCGCGAACAGGGCCGGCUGAGUGGGUCCACCCGUGGUGGAGGUCCCCUUUCCUUGGACACAUUUCCCUUUGAUGAAGCCCUGAGGGACAUCACAGCUGCUCGCCCCAGCUCCACAGUUGGUCCUGUGCCCAGAACUCCAGAUCCGGUCACCUACCACGGGCAGCAGUUCUUAGAGAUCAAGAUGACAGAGCGAAAAGAGCUGGAGCGCCAGAUGAAGAUGGAGAACCUCUUUGUAACCUGGCAGCAGCGUUCCGCGCCAGCCAGCAUGCCCAUCAGUGCCGGGGAGUUGGAGACCCUGAAGCAGUCGUCCCGCCUGGUGCAUUACUGUGCGACAGCUCUGCUCUUCGACCCAGCUGCCUGGCUACACGGUCCCCCAGAGACGUCUGCAGCCCCCGAGGGGCCGAGACGACAUCGCCCCGAGUCGGGCUCUGGAGGUCGAGAGGCUCCCACAAGCUGCGAACCCUUGGAUGUGUCUCCCCCAGGAGCCCGGGAGGAGCCGUGGCUGAAGGAGCUGAGCUUGGCCUUCCUGCAGCAGUAUGUGCAGUACCUACAGAGCAUCGGCUUUGUGCUGGUCCCGCUUCGGCCCCCCUCACCUGCCCGGAGCACCAGCCGACUCCGGGCUAUGGCUAUCCUUGGAACAGAGGGUCGAGGCUCCUUUUCCUGCCCUAAAGCCAAGAAUGAGGGGAGCCCUAAGAGUGCUAGCACUGCAGUCACCACCUACCACCUGCAGCGAGCACUGCCUGGGGGCAUCAUCCUCAUGGAGCUGACGUUCCAGGGCUGUUACUUCUGUGUCAAACAGUUUGCUCUGGAAUGUUCCCGCAUCCCAAUGGGACAGGCUGUCAACUCUCAGCUGUCCAUGCUGUUCACCGAGGAGUGUGACAAGGUCCGUGACCUGAUGCACGUGCACUCCUUUAGCUACGACUUCCACCUGCGCCUCGUGCACCAGCAUGUGCUCGGUGCCCACCUGGUACUGCGGCACGGCUACCACCUCACCACCUUCCUGCAGCAUUUCCUGGCCCACCACCCUGACGGACCCCACUUUGGCCGAAAUCACAUUUACCAAGGGACACUGGAGCUCCCCACCCCACUCAUCGCUGCCCACCAACUGUACAACUAUGUGGCUGACCAUGCCAGUUCUUACCACAUGAAGCCACUUCGAAUGGCCCGGCCCGGUGGCCCAGAGCAUAAUGAGUAUGCCCUGGUGUCGGCCUGGCACAGCUCUGGCUCCUACCUGGACUCUGAAGGACUUCGCCAUCAGGAUGACUUUGAUGUGUCUCUGCUUGUCUGUCACUCUGCUGCACCCUUUGAGGAGCAGGGAGAAGCUGAGCGGCAUGUUCUGAGGCUUCAGUUCUUCGUGGUGCUCACCAGCCAACGAGAACUUUUCCCAAGACUCACUGCUGACAUGCGCAGAUUCCGGAAACCAUCCAGGCUUCCCCCAGAGCCAGAGGCUCCUGGGAGCUUGAUCGGAAGCCCUGGGGAGGCCUCAGGGGUUAUGCUGGCCCCAGGGCCAGCUCCUCUGUUCCCCCCACUGGCUGCAGAAGUGGGCAUCGCCCGGGCCCGGCUGGCCCAGCUGGUCAGGCUGGCUGGCGGGCACUGCCGGCGGGAUACCCUCUGGAAGCGCCUCUUCUUGCUGGAGCCACCAGGGCCUGACCGGCUAAGGCUGGGGGGGCGCCUGGCCCUGGCAGAGCUGGAAGAGCUCUUAGAGGCUGUCCAUGCCAAGUCCAUUGCGGACAUUGACCCCCAGUUGGACUGUUUCUUGACCAUGACGGUUUCCUGGUACCAGAGCCUCAUCAAGGUUCUCCUGAGCCGAUUCCCCCAGAGCUGUCGCCAUUUUCAGAGUCCAGACUUGGGAACCCAGUACCUGGUUGUGUUGAAUCAGAAGUUCACCGACUGCUUUGUGUUAGUGUUUCUGGACUCACACUUGGGAAAGACGUCUCUGACCGUGGUUUUCCGAGAGCCUUUCCCCGUGCAGCCCCAGGACAGUGAGAGCCCCCCCGCCCAGCUGGUCUCUACGUACCACCACUUGGAGUCUGUCAUCAACACAGCCUGUUUCACCCUCUGGACCCGCCUCCUCUGAGAAAGUGGACCACUAUCUUCGUUGGUUGAGUCAAGCUUACCCACCUGAGGCAGGACAGACUGGCACUCAGACACAAAGUGACACCAAAGGGUUGUGGCUGUGUCUGGGGAACUGCUGCUACAGCCUGGCAACAGGGACUGCCCUUCUGAACAGCUGCUGAGCAGCCUGGACUCACCUCAGGGCCCUGGGCACUUCCCUUCAGAAGAGAAUGCCUCCUUCCCGCCUACCCAGUGGAGUCCCAGGGACCUUCACGUGAGCUGGCAAGCACUCACCCCUUAGAGCGCUGCCAGUGACCUGCCUCCCAGUGUGUCCCUGUCUGCCACCCUCAUCCUUGGUCCUCCGGUCUUUGUUCCUACUUGGCCAUCACUGUUGACGUUACCAUUGAGAUAAGACAUUGGCUCUAAUCUUGGCUCUGCCUCUCAAGCACCUGUGACCAGUGUUUACCUCCUCCCACCGCCACUGGACCUUUGGUUCCUCAUCGACAAAUGUGGAGGGCUCAGAGACUCCUGUGUCCACAGCAACCCUGGUAGCAACUGGAAGAUUUGAGCUUGGAACUGUGUGUCCCUUCUCAGUGGGAGGGAAUUAACCCACGGACAUUGAAGCAUUAGACACUGUGUGUCCCCACCGAUAUAAUAAACACAUAUGAAAGUG